GAAGAAUCCGCUGGUCGCUGCGCUCAAAGACCUUCGCUAUGACGAGUGAAAUUGGUGGCUGGCGUUGAUUGGCAGAAGAGCUCUGUGUCCAAGCUGAACUAGUGGGGGGGGGGCUUCCCUCCGCCCCGUGGCGAUGGCUGGGCUGGGCAGCCUGGGAGGUUGACUCUGCUGAAGGAGGGGGAGGCCCUGCUCCCGUUCCCCCAGCAGCCCCAAGGAAGAAGAAGGGGGGCUCUCCAAGCCUCAGAUGCAGGAGUUUUGAGCGUGGGCAUUAGUGGACGUGGGAUGGGGGCAGGGCGGCCAUUUUGCCCCUCCUCAGAGGCCCAGAGGGAAGGAGGCCAUGUGCGUCCUGACAAUACCCACAAUAUCCUCAUCGUAGUUGGCCGAAGGAUGUGAAUCUUCUCCCACCCUGCAGCCCUUUCUGGUGUUUUGCAAAAUGUUUCCCAGGCUGGGGCUGAAACCAGUAAGAGAUUCCCCCCCCCCCCGCGCCUAUGCAGACCGUAUAUGGCAACGUCCACCUAAGGUGUCUGUCCUUCCAUCUCGGCUUCUGUGCUUGGUUCAGCGACGGCUUCUCAGGAAAAGAAGGAAGGGGACUUUCUCAGCGAUAAGUCUGCCACUAGUUCUGUAGACCCAUCCUGUAAAUUCUGUUUGCUGGAAAUCAAGAUAAACUACUUCCGCAGCGAUCCCUCCAUCCACUAAGCCAACAAUGGGGAAAUACUGGCCAGAUGUAUUAUAGAGAAAGCCGUGCUGCCCUCUGCUGGUCAAGACAUUUGUUAUCCUCCUAACAUUUAGAAGUUGGACUGACUGGGGUUUAUUUCCCUCAGAUCUUGGCUUGUGUGGGAAUACAUGUUACCUCAUCUCCUGUGGUGACUAACAGUAGCCAUACAACUCAGCUAGCAGUGUACUCACAAAACCCGGAUAUUUUGCCAAAUCAGGGACAGGAAACAUCAGGUGUUGAGUCUGUUCUGGGAAGUGGUGCUGCCAGCCUGUGUGGAGUCAUCCCCGCAGGUGAGCAGGGUACCCACGGAGUCCCUGUUCCGUUAAUCUGCCAGUUAGGCUGUCCUGAAUCAUCUCACCGUCCUGGGUUUCUGGGGCCCUUCUCUUGGGAAUCCUCAGCUGGCGGGAACCGAACCUCUAGGAAGGAAGUCUGCUGGUCUUGUGAUGUGCUGCCGCUGCAGGUUGAACGACGUCCCCUUUGAGGCCUACACUGAGCGAUGCCUUGAAUCAGACUGUCCAGCAGUUGGUUUAUGAGCUCAUGGAAGGGAAGAGAAAAAGAGGAGCAGUGGUGAGGGGCUCUUGUUUUGUUGAUAACGGUUGCACCAUUGAUAUAUCUGAAGAACUGUGAGGGGCUGCCACAAAGAAGAGGGGAGGGUGUCUUAAUUUAUUUUCCAAAGCAUCAGAAGGCAGGACAAGAAACAACAGAUGGAAACUAAUCAAGGAGAGAAGCAACCUGGAAUUAAGGAGAAACUUCCCGACAGGGAGGACAAUAAACCAGUGGAACAGCCAGCCACCAGACGUUGUGGAUGCUUCGUCACUGAUGGUUUUAAAGAAGAGACUGGACAACCAUUUGUCUGAAGUGGUAUAGGGUCUCCUGCUUGAGCAGGGGGCUGGACUGGAAGACCUCCAAGGUCCCUUCCAGCUCUAUUCUGAUUGAUUGAUUGAUUGACCCCCCUGGGGAUGGUGUAUGUGCUGCCAAGAGUUCACACAGACUUGAUCUCACAUAAUCAUCGUUCAGAGAAGAAGGCACGUCUUGUGGGGAGCCAGCUGCUUUGAUCAAGAAUAAAACUCUCUUGACCGGUCCACAAGGGGAAUGUGGAUGAAGGACCUUCUUGACUUCAGCAAAAGUCUGAAGCUUCCAGGAGGUCCUUGUGGAGAAGAUGAGAAAAUCUGGGCUGGAUGUUACCAGUAGGUGGAGCUGGGGCUGGUUGAACCCUCGAACCCAAGAAAGGACCCCCGGAGUUUCUGGCUAAGCUGGGGAGAGCAGAGAAAUGUUGAGUGCUGUCCCGCCGGCUCUUUUCUGGGCUCUGUGCUGGUCAAUGAUUUUACAAGCUAGGACGGGUCGUUGGAAAAUGUGGUUGCUGUAGUUGUAGAGAAUCACGGAGUCCUAGGCAGAAUCACACACACGCACUGUAGAGCAGGGGUGUCAAACUGCCGACCCCGCAGGCCGGUUGCAUAAUAUGGAGGCUGCGUCCACUCCAGCAAUUUCUAGCAAUGCAAAAAAAAUCGCGAUAUGUCGCGACACGUCACGUGACGCAGUGAGUUUGACACCCGUGCUGUAGAGGAAUAUCAAAAUUCAGGAGGAUUGUGACAAGCUGGAACGAGGGGCAGCAACUUGCUAGAGGAAUUUCAACAGGGACAAAUGAAAAAUCAAGAACAGGAGUGCAAGACGGGGUGGUGUGCCAGGCAGGGCCACCUGCAGAAAGAACGUGGGAAAAUCGCAAGCGGGGCAUGAGCCAAGAGUGUGAUGCAGCUGUAGACAAAGCCAAGGCCGUCCUUGAUGCAUCGACAGAAGUCAAGAAACCCAGGAAGUCCACCUGCCUUUUGGGAAAGGACCUUCGGGACAACCAUGACCUGGAGGACGGAGAAUCACCCUAGACAGCAGGGAUCAAAAUGUCAAGACCAAAAGAUGUAAUUGCUGCUCUCCCUUCGCGUGGGUUAGGCCACACCCAGAAUGUGGAGUUCGGUUUAUCCUAGCAAGCUGAAUGUUGUCCCAAGAACAGCCAGCAGGAAGCCAGGAAACCUUUAGCAGGCCCGUCUGGAAGAGGAGAGGGCAGACACAAUAGCCACCUCUGAGUAGCUGAAGAGCUGCCGGUAGAAGACAAGGUGGUGUGUAUGUGUGUGUGUGUGUGUCCCCCAAAACAGGCGGGCAGCUCUGCAUUUAAUUUACAAGGAAGAAGAUUCCUCACAGCAGGAGUUGGUCCCGAACAGCACAGAUUGUUUGCCUGGAGGCGUCUCAGAAGAAAACGGGACUCUGAUAGUGGUGUGCAAGAGAGUGGAUUAGAUGGCCUCUAAGGCUCCCUGUCCCGAGAUUCUUCCAGCUCUUGGGGAUAACAGCCGUCGUGUGGACAAUGUGCUGAAGCUCUGGAUCAUCGAGGCGCGGGACCUGCCCCCCAAAAAGCGCUACUACUGCGAGCUGUGCCUGGACGAUAUGCUCUACGCGCGCACCACCAGCAAGAUACGCACGGACAACGUCUUCUGGGGGGAGCACUUCGAGUUCAACAACCUGCCGGCCGUGCGCACCAUCCGGCUGCACCUCUACAAGGACACGGACAAGAAGCGCAAGAAGGACAAGAGCAACUAUGUGGGCAUGGUCAGCAUCCCCAUCGCCAGCAUCACUGGGCGCCACUUCGCCGAGCAGUGGUACCCGCUCAGCCAGCCCAGUGCCAGCAAGAGCAAGGCCGGCUGCCCAGCCGUCCGGGUCAAGAGCCGCUUCCAGGCCAUGAGCAUCCUGCCCAUGGAGCUCUACAAGGAGUUCGCCGAGUACGUCACCAACAACUACCGCAUGUUGUGCGCCGUGCUGGAGCCUGUCCUGAGUGUCAAGAGCAAGGAGGAGGUGGCCUGCGCCCUGGUGCACAUCCUCCAGAGCACCGGCAAGGCCAAGGACUUCCUGUCCGACAUGGCCAUGACGGAAGUGGACCGUUUCAUGGACCGCGAACACCUCAUUUUUCGGGAGAACACCCUGGCCACCAAAGCCAUAGAGGAGUAUCUCAAGCUGAUUGGACAAAAAUACCUCAAGGAUGCCAUUGGUGAGUUCAUCCGAGCUUUGUAUGAGUCUGAGGAGAACUGCGAGGUGGACCCCAUGAAGUGCUCGGCCUCCACCUUGGCGGACCACCAGGCCAACCUCCGCAUGUGCUGCGAACUGGCUCUGUGCAAAGUGGUCAACUCCCACUGCGUGUUCCCCCGGGAGCUGAAGGAGGUCUUUGCAUCAUGGCGGCUGCGUUGUGCCGAGAGGGGUCGGGAAGACAUCGCCGACCGGCUGAUCAGCGCCUCCCUCUUCCUGCGCUUCCUAUGUCCGGCUGUCAUGUCCCCCAGCCUCUUCGGCCUCCUGCAGGAGUACCCAGACGAGCAGACGUCCCGUACCCUCACGCUCAUCGCCAAGGUCAUCCAGAACCUGGCCAACUUCUCUAAGUUUGGCAGCAAGGAGGAGUACAUGGCCUUCAUGAACGAGUUCCUGGAGCUGGAGUGGGCCAGCAUGCAGCAGUUCCUGUACGAGAUCUCCAACCUGGACACCCUCACCAACAGCAGCAGCUUUGAGGGCUACAUCGACCUUGGCCGGGAGCUCUCCACGUUGCACGCUCUGCUCUGGGAGGUCCUGCCCCAGCUCAGCACGGAAGCCCUGAUGAAGCUGGGCCCGCUGCCCCGUCUGCUGAAUGAAAUCAGCCUCGCUCUCAGGAACCCCCACAUCCAGCGGCAGCCCAGCCACCAGGGCGAGCGGCUCCAGCCCAAGCCGGUCAUCCUCCGCGGACCCUCAGCCGAAGUGCAGUCCUCGUACAUGAUGCGCGACCUCAACAGCUCGGUUGACAUGCAGCCCUACAUGAUGCGAGCCAUGAACAGCUCUAUCGACAUGACGCGCUUGCCCUCCCCGACCAAGGAGAAGGGCUCGAAAGACAUGUUCUUCGUGCCGCGGCCACCCUUGGCCCGCUCCUCCCCUGCCUACUGCACCAGCAGCUCGGACAUCACCGAGCCGGACCAGAAAGUGCUGAGCGUCAACAAGAGCGUCUCCAUGCUGGAUCUGCAGGACAGCCGCAUGAACAGCGUCUCCAAUCUGCACAGCGUGGGCGACUUGCUCAACAGCAGCCAGGCCUCCAUCACCGCCGGUCUGGGUCUACGGCCCAGCCGGCUCUCCCAGGGCAGUGGCUCCAGCAUCGCGGCCGGCCUGCGGCUGAGCCAGAUGGGCGUCACCGCCGAUGGGGGCGGCCCCUCCUCUGCCCAGCAGCUCCGCAUCCCCCUCUCCUUUCAGAACCCCCUCUUUCACAUGGCAUCUGAUGGGCCAGCCGGCGGCCCACUCCACGCCUCCCACCCGCACCGGCCGGCGGAGGGCAACCCCGCUGACACCUUCGCCCCCUUCCACGGCUACAGCAAGAGUGAGGACCUCUCGACCAGCAAGCACAUCAUCCACAGCCACAGCUACAGCGACGAGUUCACCCGCCAAGGCUCAGAGUUCACUAAGCGCCAGCUGUCCCUGCAGGAGAACCUCCAGAACAUGCUCUCCCCGCCCCAGAUCACCAUCGGCCCCCAGCCCCAACGCUCGGCCCCCACCCCUCAGCCGCAGCCCCCCCUGCAGCGAGGCAAGUCCCAGCAGCUGACGGUCUCGGCGGCUCAGAAGCCUCGGCCCUCCAGCGGGAACCUGCUGCAGCCCGAGGCUACCUAUGCCCCCACCCAUGCCCGCCAGCAGUCGGUCACCAAGGAGGCGCCUUCUGCCCUCAAGCCAUCCAUCACCAAGCAGCCCUCGCACACGCCCUCCACGCUGAACCCCAUCCUGCCGGCCUCGGAGCGGACUGUGGCCUGGGUCUCCAACAUGCCCCACCUCUCGGCGGACAUAGAGAGCUCCCACAUCGAGCGGGAGGAGUUCAAGCUGAAGGAGUACUCCAAGUCCAUGGACGAGAGUCGGCUGGACCGCGUGAAGGAGUAUGAGGAGGAGAUCCACUCGCUGAAGGAGCGCCUGCACAUGUCCAACCGGAAGCUGGAGGAGUACGAGAGGCGCCUAAUGAGCCAGGAGGAGCAGACCAGCAAGAUCCUGCAGCAGUACCAGCAGCGCCUGGAGCAGAGCGAGAAGCGCCUCCGCCAGCAACAGGUGGAGAAGGACUCCCAGAUCAAGAGCAUCAUCGGCAGCUUGUCCCUGCAGGCUGAUGCUAGUGGAGGAGGAACUGCGCAGGGAUCACUCGGCCGCCCUCGACACCUCCGAACCGCGGAAGCGGCUGCUCGACGCUCAGCUGUUUACCAGGAGAGGCAGCUUUCCGCCGUGGGUGCAGCAAACCCGCGUCUGAGCGGCGCUAUGGUCCCGCCCUGGAACGGGAUCCUACCCGGGCAACCGCCUCCGCUCCCGCGACUCCAGAUCACGGAAAAUGGAGAGUUUCGCAGCAUCGCGUCUGAGCACUAGCGACGGCCCCCCGCCUCGUCCCGCCCCCCCACCAGCCAGCGGGCAGCCGUGGGGCGGUGGGUGGGGUGGGGGGCUACUAGUCUGGGAUCGCACGCCGGGGGCCGGGGAAGGGUCCGGAGGCAUUCAGGGUGUUUUAUAGCAGGACAGAGACGACAAUCUUUACCUAAACUCUUCCCCCCCCCGCCCUCCCGUGCCCGCGUGGGACCUCCCGUUCUUGGACUGAGCCGUGGACGGUGCCUCCCCCUCUCCCUCCCCCGUACUUCUCAGGAGUGGCAUCCCUCCCCCCGACUCUCCCCCUCCCUCCGUCCCCCCCGCCGGCAACAAUGACUUCUCAAGGCAGCAGCGGAAGGGGGUCUCCCGCCCUCCCCUCCGCCCCCAACCUCUGGGCCGAUGGGGAAGGACGCGUGGCCUCGGGGGAGGGCAGGCUGGUCCCGGUUCCCCCCUUCGAGCGCUCGCCUCAACCGGCCGCUGGGACGGUUGGGGGUCCCUCCCGCGUGGGCCCCCUCCCCUCACGCCUUCCCGGGUGCCACGACGGUGGGGGGCGGGGGAGCGGUCCCUCCCCAAGAGCACCGCAAGGCCUGCCCCCUCGUCCCCCCUCCCAAGUAAUCUGUACCCCCUUCCCCGACAAAGGGCUUUGCCUCUGUACAGCAUCUCCCCCCCCCCCGCAGGACUCCCUGGGGUUCUUUCUCUUCUUGGGGCGGGUGGGCCAAGGCAGGGAGGGGGUGAACUCCCUUCUUCCUCUCCUCCCCCUUCUCCCACCCCGAUCCCCGUUUCCCCGCACCCCCGUCCGGGGGGGCUCAUCAAACUCAAAAAGAAGCCAUUAUUUUCCGGAACUGCCCAGCUGCAGGGUGCUGGCUUAGGGCGGGGAUCGCGCCCCACCCCCCCGCUGCCGGAGAAAGCGAAGGGAGGGGACCGGCUCCCGACUCGACUCGUGUGGUGCUCGCUCGCUCGCGUCCGUCCCGUCCGUCCGUCGUGCUCGUCCCGGGGCUGCCGCUGGGUGGAAGUGUUUGGCGCGCGCCGCUGCUUCGUCGUGGGUGUUUCUUUCUCGCUCUCC